AUGCCGGGUAAGAAGAUAAGUCUUGAAUAUGAGGACAGCGCGUUCUCCAAGAUGGACCCCACGAAGGUGGCUAUAGUUGAGGAGUUCUGCGAACUACUCUUACAAUCGCUUACUGACGAACAACUGGAAAACCCUGACCAGAUGAAGAGCGUCGUGGAAAAGCUCAUGAUACGGCUCAGACGUAAAUACAAAAUCAUAGUCGCAAAG